UAAACACCAUGUUCGAAAACGUUUGCUACGUCGUGUGUUGCUUCCUGAGCGUAGUUGGAUUCUUCGCGUUCCUUGAAUUUUUGUACGAUACUUUCAGAUCACCUGCUCAAAUUAUUUGGAAUUUGCUGUUCCGCAGGAGUCGUCUGACCGAGAGAUAUGGACCAUGGGCUGUUAUCACGGGUUCAUCGGAUGGAAUUGGCAGACAGUACGCCCUAAAUCUGGCUCGUGCUGGUCUGAAUGUAGUGCUUAUCUCCCGAACGGAAUCCAAAUUGCAACAGGUGGCGCAGGAGAUUCGCUCCGAGUGCAAUGUGGAAGUGAGGUGGCUUGCUGUUGACUUUUCCGAUGGACCUCAAGUGUACGAUCGAAUUCGAAUGGCGCUUGUCGGACUUGAAAUAGGAAUUUUGGUGAACAACGUGGGAUUCGUCCACGAGCAUCCGGUAACGGUGGACAAAAUCCCGAAGCAGGAAGUACUGGAAAGCUUCUCGGUGAACAUGUAUCCUACGGUGAUGUUGGUUCACAUGCUAUUACCGGACAUGAAGCGACGUGGGCGUGGCAUCGUGAUCAAUGUAAGCUCCGCGUCAGGCCAUUGCGCAUUACCGUACGGCACGGUUUAUGGUGCAUCGAAGGCCUUUCUUAAUUCGUUCAGCCAAGGAUUGCAGGAAGAACUGCAGGACAGUGGAGUGGAGUGCCAGUUGGUGAUUCCGUUGUUGGUGAACACUAAUUUGAGUGCACAGUGGCAGACGAGGUCAUUCACGAGGUCGGCUUCCGUUGAAGUGGAAGCCUUUGGGCGGACGGUAACUUGGUUGAUUGGUAAAACGGACUUUACCACCGGUUGUAGGUUCCAUGCCCUGCAGGCUACAAUACUAAAACUUUUUCCUCGUUGGUUUAUAUCGAAGGGAUUGGGGAAGUAUUUGAAAGGUGUCAAAAUUGAAGCCAAUAAGGGGAAGUAGUGAUUGAUGGCAUGUUUUAUUCAACGUGAUUGUUAUUUAUUUCACUUAGCAGGGAUCGGUUAAUGGAUGAGCUCCUUUUUGGAAAAUCGAUUAAUAUAUAAUAUUUUUUACACAAUAAUUGAUGUUUUCAUUGAAUUGCAACAGAAUUGCUGAUUAUCGUCAUUGUUUAAAAUCUGGGCACAUCGUCUCAUCGAGCAGUUCUAUAAUGUAUGAAUUUAAUUAACCAGCACAAUCAUAGGGAAAGUGGGGUAAAACAAACACCUUUCAAUUCUAUAAUAGGUAAUUCGUUACGUACUGGCAUAGAGAUUUGGAGUUUCCUUACAACUAUAUCGUCCCCAAUUCAACGCGGUGAUCGUUUAUUUCAGUGUUUCUUGGGAAUAUACAUAACCUGGGAAAAUUCUCAAAAAACCUAGGCUUGUUCAAUUAAAUUCCCAGUUCUUCCAAUCAGUGCAUCUUUUACCUUUUGAAUAGUUAACAUAAACAGAAUCUUGAUCGGUUUAUCUUAAAAAAAAAACGAACCCAGAUCAUAGUUUUCUCUCAGUUCUCCUUUGUUAGUAUAGUUCUAGUAUCAGGAAAUCUCUAUACGUAGAUUCUAAAGUAGGACAUGACAGCUGUAUGCCACGCGACCUAUGUGCCACGCGCGCUAUUAUAAUUAACUGUCUCUAAUUGAACCCGGUUUUUUACCCCAUUGAAAGGUACACAUUGAACCCGGAAUCAGCUGAGUGCGCCCUUUAGUAGACAUUUGUUUUGUCAUUUUUGUUCAGUUGUUGAUUGUUGAAACUACAAUCAACAUGAUUGUGCUGUAUCUUUUAGCAGCGAUCGGAACAUAUUGUGUAUUGAUAUGCUUAUACGAUAGCCUAAGAUCGCCAGUCAGAAUCGUAAAAAGUUUAAUUUUGCCGAAUCGUCAAUCAUUUUCCAGUAGAUAUGAAAGCUGAGCCGUGAUAACGGGUU